GCGCUGUCGGUAACAUCCGGGGGUCGGACAAGGAUGAACGCCAAUUUCCAAGAUGGCGGCGGAGGGAGGAGGGAAGGAGAUGAACGAAAUUAAAACUCAAUUCACCACACGAGAAGGCGUCUACAAACUCCUCACUCACUCCGAAUACAGCCGCCCGAACAGGGUGCCUUUCAACUCGCAGGGCUCCAAUCCCGUCAAGGUCUCCUUCGUCAAUGUAAACGACCAGUCCGGCAACGGCGACAGGAUCUGUUUCAAUGUGGGCCGGGAACUGUACUUUUAUAUCUACAAAGGCGUGAGAAAGGCUGCCGAUCUUAGUAAGCCCAUAGACAAGAGGAUAUACAAAGGAACGCAGCCCACGUGUCAUGACUUCAACCCCCUCACAGCUACAGCAGAGAGCGUCUCCCUGCUGGUGGGUUUCUCGGCGGGCCAGGUGCAGCUCAUAGACCCAAUAAAGAAGGAGACAAGCAAACUCUUCAAUGAAGAGAGGCUCAUAGACAAGUCACGAGUAACGUGCGUACGAUGGGUUCCCGGUUCAGAGAGCCUGUUUUUGGUGGCUCACUCCAGUGGCAGCAUGUAUUUGUACAACGUGGAAAACACCUGUGGGACCACGGCACCUCACUAUCAGCUCCUCAAGCAGGGUGAAAACUACGCUGUGCAUACGUGCAAGAGCAAGUCAGCCCGCAACCCGUUACUGCGCUGGACAGUGGGCGAAGGGGCGCUCAAUGAGUUCGCCUUCUCCCCGGACGGCAAGUUCCUGGCCUGUGCGAGCCAGGACGGUUUCUUGCGGGUGUUCGGCUUCGACGCCGCAGAGCUCCACGGAACAAUGAAGAGUUAUUUCGGCGGCUUACUGUGCGUGUGCUGGAGCCCGGACGGAAGAUAUAUCGUGGCCGGAGGGGAGGACGACCUGGUGACGGUGUGGUCGUUUUCGGACUGCAGAGUAAUCGCGCGGGGGCACGGUCACAAGUCGUGGGUGAGCGUGGUGGCGUUUGACCACUGCACCACCAGCGUGGAGGACGGUGACCCCCCCGCUGAGUUUAGCGGUAGUGAUGAGGACUUCCAUGAGCAGAUUCACUUUGGUGCAGGCAGAGACCGAGCGAACAGCUCUCAUUCUCGUCUUUCUAAGAGAAACUCUACAGACAGUAGGCCUGUUAGUGUGACCUACAGAUUUGGCUCAGUGGGCCAGGAUACCCAGCUGUGUCUGUGGGACCUAACAGAGGACAUUCUCUUCCCUCACCUCCCUUUGUCCCGCACUAGGACUCACACUAAUGUUAUGAGUGCCACAAGCCCUCCAGCCACUGGACAAACAACAACAACUACUACGACUACUACUACUAUUACUACUACUGUAUCCACCACUAACCCCAGUGGCACUAAUGGUAAAGACAUUGUGAGCAAUAGUAGCACCAGUGGCAACCCAGCUAACUCCCUCCCUAGUACCCUGCCUCGGUCCAACAGCUUGCCACACUCCUCCGCCCCAACAGGGGGCAGCACCCCCAACAGUCACACAGGCAGCAACAACAGCAGCACCACCACCACCACCACCACAACCACCAAGGGCAACAGCAUCAUCGACAGCGCUUUCAUCGCCACCGGCGUGAGCAAGUUCGCGACCCUGUCGCUACACGACUCGCGCAAAGAGCGCCACGAGAAGGACCACAAGCGAAACCACAGCAUGGGUCACAUCAGCAGCAAGAGCAGCGACAAGCUCAACCAGCUGAGCUCGUCGCGGACGGCCAAAACGGAGGUAGCUAAGACUCUGGGCACCACGCUGUGCCCGCGCAUGGAGGACGUGCCACUGCUCGAGCCGCUGGUGUGCAAGAAGAUCGCUCACGAGAGACUCACUGUGUUAAUCUUCCUUGAGGACUGUCUGGUAACAGCCUGUCAGGAGGGCUUCGUUUGCACAUGGGCUAGGCCUGGGAAAGUGGGAUUGCUAUCAUCUCAAAACAACCCAGCCAACUCCCCCAGUGGAACAGUAGUAUAGCCCCAGUGCUGGUGCUGCUAAUGACAGCUCCAUGCAACAGAGACGGGGAUGACCAAGGCCCCACGGCCCUGCAGCGCUUCUUCACACACUGUCACACACCACAUGACUUCCAGUGUCACCUUCAUUUUCAUCACUACAACCCACCCAGUUCUCUUUGUGUUACCGCUCAUGUUCUAACCAAUAACCGACGUUGGCCAAGCCAGGGUUAGAAACUCAAACCCCCUUCUCUUUUGUCCGGGGGUUAAAAAGGGUGCUUUCGGAAGUAAGAGUACAAGCUUUAAAUCGUCCAGGAGGUUUAUGGAAGGGGUCGACCGACUCAUUGUUCCAUUAGACGGUCAUAUCAAGUCGCGUCUAGUCUGAAAAUAACAAAUUCUAGUACCCAAUCUUCUGUGCCUGUAGAUCUUAAAGACUAGACACGCUGUAAGCGUUGUGGUGACGCCUCAUCCUAACUUUUCUUUGUGUGUGUGUGUGGGUUUAAUUCUGACACGUUCUUCCCCGUGUGUUCUGUUUCUUCAGAUGUAUUCACAGCUAAAGGGAAUAAGAUGAGGGAUUGUUUUGGAGCAGCAGCAUAUCCCCAAUGCCAAGUCUCUUUCAUUUGUAACUUCCUGGGCGAUCCCUUGUGCAGCCCCAGUCCUCUCUGGACCCCCGUUCAAGAGAGACUGGAGUUUCUUUUUUUUUUCUUUCUUUCUUUCUUUUUAUACUUCCUUUACAAAUCUUUUAAUCAGAGUUAUCACACUUUAGAGUGAAUUUGCACAGAUUUUCUUUCAUUCUUUGUUUCUUUUUGUUUUCUUUUUUUUAAAUUCAUGACGGUGGAACACAGGCGAAAUAUUUUGAAGACAACUUUGGAAGCACUCGGGGCGGGGAAACAGCUUGUUAUCGCCCUCUGUCUCAACGCUGGAUGCUGCAAUCAUAGUUUUUUAUAUGGAAAAAAAAUUGUUUGCACUUAAUAGUUUGUUAGAGGAGAAUGGCUUUACAUUUUUGGAGUGUGUAAGGACUCCUUGACAAGGUUGAAAUAUAAAUAGAAUAAAAAAAAAACCCUUUGUAUCUAUUGAACAUUUAUUUUAAUAUUGUUUCAGAUUAAAUGGGCUCUGUAUUAUAUGUAAAUAUUGUACUUCAAUGAUUUAUGGGUGAAAUGAUCAUUAUUACAUUAGUUCAAAGAUCCUCAUUUCAGAAAAUAGUGAUAUUUCUAAUACAGAAAGUCUAUACAUAAUAUUAAAAACGAAUCUUGAAUAUGCAGGUGAAAUGUUUCUUUUCUGUUGUACAUAAAGAGAAUUCAGGUGUAUUUUUAUUAAUGAAAUGUUUGGUAUAGGAGAUGUCUAUGAAAUCCUCUUAUCUAACAGGUAGUGCUGAAUGCUAGCUAGCCUGUCGCUGCAGAUUCCUUUUACAACAUAGGCAGAUAGGCGCAGACGCAGCGGUCUAAUUCAGCCAUCACUCCGAGCUCAGGUAAACCACAGGAAGACUAACGCCGGCAUAGUUCCCCCCCUCACUAGUCUCAUCCAUCAACAUGUGUGUGAAUUCACUUUAACUAACAAAUAAGACUGACAAACCAUGUUCUGCAGACAGGGCUGACAUCUGUCGAGUCCUGCCAUUGUGAGUAAUAACUGAACUUGAUGCUGAACUUGUGAACAAACAAUUUGACACUGUGUUGAACUGACUUAUGUCAGCACUCGAUUGGUGGAAUAAAUGCUUGAGGUGAGUGUGUUUUUUCAAGCACCCACAAUAGGAAGACUGAGGAUUUUAACAGUGGGAGCCUUUUUUCCUCCAUGUGACGCCUAAUUAAAACAGCUUUGACAGAUUA